AGCCGGAAGAAGGGUGGAAAUUAGCAACGCUUUGUCCGAAAAACGAUAUGAAAAUGUUGAAAGAGUUGGUAAAGGAGCGACUUAUGGCGGCAGCUGACGAAAUAUUCCAACUUUUUGAAAAAGCGAUAUCUUCGUACGAGGAGGAACUUUGUCGGACAAGAGAGGAAAAGGAGCGACUUUGUCAACAAAUGAGCAACAAUGUUGGCCAGACUCGAACUGUGCUACACUUUGAAGACGUCCAGAAGAUGACGUCUCAUCGCCUCCACGUUAAAGAGGAAGAGGACAAACUGUGGACCAAUCAGGAAGGAGAGUGUCUUCUAAGGCUGGAGGAGACCGAUCUCACCAAGUUACCACUGACGGUUGUUUAUGUGAAGCCUGAAAACAAACCGCUUGAGUCCUCACAGCUUCAUCCAUCGGAAUCUGAUGGGAAUCACAACCUCUUAGCCCCAGGAUCGAACAACGACGACACCCAAGAACCGUCAAGUAGCGAUGCUAACUCUGAAAUUGAUUUGAGGGCUCAACUUAACAACAAAGACUCAGAAUGUUCGAAAAAUGAAACAGAAAAAAAACGUUUAGUGUGCUUGGUUUGCGGCGAAAGCUUUCCCAACAACAGCGCUUUGACACGACACGCGAGAACCCACACAGGAGAAAAACCUUUCCGCUGUUCCGUUUGCGGUAAAACAUUCUCCCAGAAGUCGCAUAUGGUGAAACACACCAGGACGCACACAGGAGAAAAACCGUUCAGUUGUUCGGUUUGCCGUCAGAGGUUCUCUCAGAAGUCGAACAUCAUAUCACAUAUGCGGACUCACACGGGAGAGAAACCUUUCGUUUGUUCGGUUUGUGGGAGGAGAUUCUCCGAAAAGUCGAAUAUCGUCACACACAUGAGGACACACACUGGAGAAAAACCGUUUUCUUGCUCCCUUUGCGGUAAAACAUUUGCUGAGAGGGUGUCUAUGACCAAACACAUGAGAACGCACACUGGUGAGAAACCGUACGUUUGUUCCAUUUGUGAUAAAAGUUUCACUCAGAAGGUAAACAUGACAACACACAUGAAAACACACAGCGGAGAAAAACCCUAUACUUGCUCCGUUUGCGAUAGAAGAUUCAGCAAUAAGGUGAAUAUGGUAAAACAUGAGAACACACACAGGAGAUAACUCCAUUGAGUGAGGUUACAUGUAGUGGAAGUGGUUUCUGAUUGCACACAAUUCACUUCAUACUGUGUGCUUAAUAAAACGACUAUAUAUAAUUUUUUAUUUUAAGGUCUUCGGACUUGAAUUUGGUCAUCUUGGAUGAUGGACAGCCUGCAUUUUAAUCAAUUUACCACAAAUAAAGCCCAUUUUUUCCAUCUA